CAAGCACAAAGACGCAGACAGGCACUCUCACGCCAUUGUCAUCACCCCUCCCCUCUCCUUGUCUGCGUAACCCAGAUGGCUGGGAGAGCUUUCACAGGGGGUAGCUGCCCGUGCCAGAGGAGAGUCAAAGCUGACUGAGCUAUCAAUAGGUGGAUGCGUAUCCGCAGUACGCCGCGAGCGCCUUGGCCGCCAAUGCAUUUGUGCGUUGUUCGUUUGCUGGUAAGUUGGCAUCCCUCCCCGUCCCUAUCCCUUGCAACACGCAUAGUGGUCUGCCUCCCACAUCUCAUCCCACCAUCCCAUCUCCUUCACCGCCGUAGCUGGCCGUCCCCCGGUUCCGGUCUGCGAGCCCCGCACGGCCGGGGGGUUGUUGGGUUGGGGGACAUGAGUGGUUUGGGCGGACUGAUGGACGACAUGAAGAGAGAGAGAUUGAGAGACACGAAUGCUGACCAGCGAUUCUUCAGCCGCAUUCCCUCUGUUUGGAACCCAGAUGUACGGCAAGCUGGGCUACCAGUGGGCUUCGUCCCUGCUAGCAUUUUUAACGCUGGCCAUGAUGCCGUUCCCCUACAUCUUCUUCCGCUACGGCAAGCGGAUUAGAGCCACCAGCCGAUUCGCAAAGUCGUAGUCCCGUGGUCGGUGUGUCGUGGCUUGGAUCCGAGACUCGGCAGAUGGAGCUCCUCAGCGCUUGUCACCACGGCCCGAAGGAAGCUACGGCUUGUUGUACGUCCAGCUCUAUAGCUCCCGUCCAAACAGCCCAUGU